AUGGGGAAGUACGACCACCUCACAGAACGGGGUGACGAGGAAAAGUUAUACCUUCUGUGUUUCGUGUGGGACGAGCCUAAAUGGGAGUUCGCGCAUCUGCCUCUUCAAGUGAAGAACUUGGAACAAUUGCGCAAGGAAUACCCGGAGUGGGCCAGCGGUGAGCCGCUGUUGGGGGCGAUUCCCGAGUGCAAUGGGGCGUCGGGCCUCGGCCCCCUGGGGACGGAGAGGACGGCGCUGGGGGCGCGCGUGACGGCGCUCCGCUACGCCCCCGUGGCGCAGGAGUUCCUCAAGCGCGGGAGCCCCCACUGCCUCAGGGCCGGCCUCUGGGCACAGGUGCUGGGGGUCGAGGUCACCGCGCAGCAAACUGCGUACUUCAACCAACUGAAAAGAAACGUUCUGGAGGUUGAUCUGAUGAUUGACAAGCUCAUAUUCAAGGACGUUCAGCUGACCGCUUCUAACGACGACCAGUACUUCGUCUUCGAAGACCUCCUCUACCAGGUUAUGCUGUGCUUUUCGCGCGACGGCGAGGUGUUGCAACAGCUCAAGGGUAGCAUAGGCAACGCACUGACGGUGACCAUCAAGGGCAAACAGACCUCGCCCGAAAGCGUCACCGUCUUCCCGCCGAGCGGUAUCAUACCCUUCCACGGGUUCUCAAUGUAUGCCACUCCGUUCUGCUAUCUCUACGACGAGCCUGUCCAGCUAUAUUACACUUUCCGUGCCUUCUAUAUCCGCUACUGGCACCGUCUGCAUUACAUAUCCACACAUCCACAGGGAAUUGUAUCACUAUGCCUAUUAUACGAAAGGCUUUUGGAAGCCAAUGAACCACUUCUCUGGAUACACUUUAGAAAUAUCAACAUCAACCCAAUAAGGGUCGUGUUCAAAUGGCUGAUGCGCGCUUUCAGCGGCCAUUUGCCGCCGGAUCAGCUGUUAUUUCUAUGGGACGCCAUUUUAGGCUACGAUUCCUUGUACAUACUGCCAUUACUCGCCGUCGCUAUUUUGAGUUUCAGAAAGGAGAAUAUAUUUCAAGUGAACACUAUACAAAACGUUGACGCUGUUUUGGCGGACCUCUCGACAAUAUCUAUUGUUCCUUUAUUACAAUUGGCUUUGAUGAAACCA